CGGCCGUUGUUCGUAUUCGGGACACCGAGACGAGAUAUGGUAGCCCUAUUUUGGCGGCGGCGGUGAGAGAUGCAAAUAUUCGUCCAGGGUUCGUUUACUUUCUUAACUUCUUGAUGCGAAGCCGAGUCAACGUCCACAUUCCUAAAAACACGAGCGAAACUCCGUGUCUCCCUGCUCCGCGCUUUAUGCUUCCCGGAAUGCCCGUCCCAACCCAACUUAAGAAGCAGCUAAAUACAUUGCCUCUUCCCCCAGCCCUGGAUCGACCCCGAUGGUAGUACACCAAAGGAUCCUUUGAAAACCGGAGGUUAUGAACGCCAGAUGUUGGCGUGUAAUCUGAAGGUCCACUUCUUA